AUGGCAGAUGAAGAGCUGGAGCUGUUGGGAUUAAAUUGUCGCGGUAGAACAGAAUGCAUCCGCCUGAUGCUCAUUUUGGCUGGACGAAAUUUUAACGAUCAUCGUUUGACGAUUGCACAGUGGCGAGAAAUGAAAACCAAAGAGAAUUUUCCCGACGAAACAUUACUACCCGUAUUGCGCAAUCAUAAAAGUGGCGAAAUCACAGUGGGUGCGCUCGAAAUUGGACGACGUCUGGCAGCCGAGUUGGGUUUUUACGGGAACUCAACUGAAGAGCAAAACGAAAUCGAAGAAAUUCUCGCCACACUUGAGUCAAUCCAAGCCCAUUUUGCACCUGUUAUUCGAGCGGCUUUAACGAAGAAUUACGAUCGUCGAGUUAGUUAG